AUGAACUCAGAAUAAGAAAUGAUCUUCAAGAAAAGAGAAAUGUUUAGAGUUUAAAUUAGGAGGAAAUAAAAUGAAUUAAUAUUCUAAUAAAAGCGCCAAUUAUUCAAUGAGUCAUCAAACUCAUAAGAUUGGUAAACACCAAUGGACUAGAUAUUUCAGUAAGCCUUAGAAUCUAAAAUCAUUGCAUCUGAUUAAAAAGUAUUGUCACAGUUAUUCACAAAUGCAAAAAACUUAUUAUGUUAUGAUUAUUCAAUCAAUCCGACCCUAAAGUCCUUUUUAUCCUUCAUGUUUUUCAAUUUAUAAUAUAUCUAAUUAAAUGAAUAAGAUAAUUGGAUGACAGAUGACUUUUUAAGCGUUAUUAUCAUUUGUUUGUAAGAUAUUCAACAAACAUUUUAAGAUUUGGAAGAAAAUGAAAACACACUUGAUUUUGAUCAAAAACUAUUUGAUUUACUAAACCACAUUCUAAUUUUUGUGUCAUAAUUAUCAUCUAAAUUAACUUUGAGUAAAUAAUCAGCGUAAUUUAAAUAAAUAGUUCUACUUAUUAUUACUAUUUUACAUUACUUAUACGAUGCGAACUAAUUUGAAAUCAUAUGUAAGCUAAUAAUCAAUAUUUUGUUGGAAAGAUAAGAAGAAUAUAUUUGUUUAAUAUAAUAAAGUAUAUUCCCGUAAAUAUUAAUUCACAAAUAUGAUGAAUUAAACCUCCAACAAAAUUAUAAUAUACUGCACUAUAUUUAUUUAUAUUUCGGUCUAAUAACUGGAAUAUGCCAUUUAUAAUAUGGAACUUAAUUAUUUUAGGACACUUAUUAAUUAUCAAAUAUCAUAAGUUUUCUACCUUAAAAUGCUGAUUAAAAUUAUUAUAAUUGUGUUGAAUAAUAUUUAUAUUUCCUUUACAAUAUUACACUAAAUAUCGAUGAGAACAAACCUAGAACUUAUUAGCUAUUCAACAUUUUGAUAGAUAAAGAGAUCGUUAUGAACGUUGCAAAUUUCUUAGUUUAACUCAGAUAUGAGUUCGAAUAAAUACAUGAAUUAGGAUAUAAAUUCUUAAUAAAUUUGAGCAUGAUUUCAUCAUCUUACUCAAUGGAAAAGUUGAUUAGUUAAAAUGUUUUCAAGUUGGUUUUAUUUUAAAUAAACCAUCAAUCAAGUUAAUAAUAUUUAAUAUAUCCAUUGUUCUCAAAUUUAUUAACUACGAAUAAAUAACAGACAAAAUAGAUGAUUUUUGACUCAGGAAUUUUAGGUAAAGCAUAUAUAGGAUUUCAGACUGCCCUAAAUAAUAAUUCAUAACAAAGAAGUCUAGAAAUAAUUCAAUGUAUUAUAAAUAUGUUUCAAAAUAUCACUCAAUAAUAAUAGUUGUUAUUAGUCCAGAAAGGAAUGUUAGAAUGUUUAUUUGAUUAUAUAAUAAAAUAAGAUAUGGAUUAACUGGAUUUGAAGACAGUUGAAGAAAUAUAUGGAACUUUAUAUGAAUAGAAAUAACUAAAUCCAUAAUUAUAAUUCACCGAAGAGUUUAGAAAGAAAUCAGAAAAAAUUUAUGAAAAUUUAGAUGAUGAUUGCGAUAUAGCAUUUUUUAUUAAUAAUAUAAUAAAUAUUACUGAUUGA